GGGAAUUGAGCGGCAGCGGAAGCAUGUCAGUUCUCCCAGACGAGCUCUGGAGGCGAGUCUUCGAAAUCGGCGGGUUCAGCUACAAAGACCUCUGCUGUGUAUCUAUCACCUGCAGGCGCUUCCGCCGAUUAUCCGAUGAGGACCAUCUCUGGUCGCACCUCCUCUCCUCGGAUUUCCCCCUUGUCGCUCCUCAUCCCUCUUCUUCCUCAGUCACCUCUAAAUCUCUCUAUAAACUCAGGUUUGAGAGAGAUAGGGAUAAGAAAAUAGCGGCCCAUCAACGAGCGCUGUUGCGGAAGGAGAGCCAGAUUAUUGAACAUUUAAGAAAGCUCCGGGACAUAGAGAGCCGAUUGGCCCAAGAGACCCACAAAAUGCGAGCGACUCGUGUUGACCUCUCCAAUUUUCACCAGGUCAGGCAAGCUUCACUAGCAUUGAAUGUCUGGCAGCCAGAGAUAAUCAGGGGCCGACAAAAACAAAUAGUGGAGCAAUGUGUUGUACCGACUGAGUCUCGGCUCCAUGCCCUUGAAAUGGAGCUUAGGCUCUGCAAACAGCAGAUUUCAGGGUUAGAAAAGGCGUAUAAAGAUGAGAAGCAAAGGCUUGGUUUGGCUGAAGAAGAGUUGCAAUCGAUGAGAUAUCACCCUUUACGAGAUCAUAGGCCACUGAGUUCGGGGGACGCUCAAUGUACUAGCAAAAGCAAAAAGUUGAAAAGAUUUCAUGGUCAAGGAAGGAAAUCAUAGAUGGGAAGUUUCUUGCAUCAAGAAUGGCCCAUCAAAGCUUCUUUCAUUAAUGAAUGCAUAUGGUUAAGCGAUUCUUGCUGAGCAAAGGACUGAACUAGUUCACGAGUUGCAGUAAUGAUCGUAGCAGGAAAAUGCUGAUAAUUGAUGUGUAUGAUUAUUUAUUCGGAACAUAUAUGGUAUACAUCUGGUGUUUGUACCAAUUUAACCACUUGUUUGUACAAUUUCAUCAUUGAGACGUUUCAUUACCUGAUAUGAAUAUUCCCUUGUAUGUUUAGUUAUUCAUAGGUAAAAAGAAAAAAAGAAAGAGAAAGAGAGGAUGGUUCAAUGACAUCUUUUGAGUAAUAAAAUUUCUUUUUAGGUAUGGUUAAGCGA